AAGAAGCAAGAUACCCUUCCAAGGAAGGACCGCGAAACAGUACGUCGAAGCAAGGCGUUCUACAGAAGCAAACGUUCAAGUGAAUGAGAGAAGGAGACAGAGAUAGCGAGUGUAAGAAAGAGGAAGAGUGUGUGUAUAGUAGAAGGUACACACGCAUUGUGAAGAAGACAAGUGAGUGCAAGGAUAUCGUAACCGUGGAGGAAAAGGAAGGAGCAUCCGUGUGAAGAGUGUUCCGAACAGCCAGGAGUAACAAUAUCAGCAAGAAACGGAGUGUUAGAGCGAGAGAAAAAGGAAAGAGCGAGUGCGCGCGCGUUAUUGCUUAGAGAAGGCAAUUGGUGUGAGCAACCUCCAUUGGGAAGCGAGUCGCUGCAGUGUGCACACAAGAGAGGAAACAUAGAUAGAAGGAGCAAAGCAGAGCAGUGGCUGUGUGCAAGCGCAUGUGAUAAAAGUACGCGAGUGUGUAUGUGCCUGGCAAAGCAAAAGGAGCCAUCCUUUCGUCCCGACGAAAGAUCGGCAGAGGUGUGAGGGGUGUGUGAAGUGACAAAAAUCAAUAGUCCUUCGUUGGUCCUUCGAGCCGGAGCUAAAGUGGUUGGAGUACACAAUACAGCAACGACAACAAAAAAGAAUCAAGUCGCAAGCAAAAAAAGGAAUACCAGCAGCGUGUGUACGGGUUUUUGUGAUACCACCGAUAUCCGGGGGUCCAGCGAAAACAACUCGCUGCGGCAUCGUGUCAACGUAGGGUUGGAGCAGAAAGCAAAGAGAAGUGUGUGCGAAGUGUCAAAAUCAGGUCAGCAGACGCGCACGUCGAGUGGAUUUCGUAGCUCCGUCUACUGCGGACCGUGUUACGCUACGCCAUCGUGUUGUGUCCGAUCUUCUACAACGCCAUCCACCGCUAACAGCUGCCCGUAACACAGUUGCCAACAGUUUUGCCAACAGUGUCAUUUUGUGUGGUUUAUUUUUCUACAACGGAAGAGAAGAAGUGCUCACCGAAAUACCAAGUUAGACCGUGAUUUGUUGUAACAACCCCAAAAAUUUCUAACCCACUGCCGGCAACACAAUUCACAACAGCAGCAGCAAAUCGCAGUGUGCACAGUGGAACAGCAACCAAAGUGUGAUAGCAAACAGGAGGAGGAAAGUUUAAAAAGGAUACCUGUCCAACUGCAAAACCCCGUCGGCAAUCGGUCUGCGGAUCUUCGAGAAGACUGAACAGUCUGACAUCAAGCACGAGCAAGGCUGCCCAUCAUUCCGACGGAAGGCUCAACGUCGUCGCAUCCUUGGAUUACUCAAAGUUCCUUGUGGCAACGCGUGCGGAAGUGUGUGCGGUUGUGUGUUUCGAAACGAGAAUUUCGAGCUGUGUGCUUCAGCUAAUCCUUGCUCCCCGACGGUAAAGGUUACGACACAUUUUCGCCGAGUGGGAAGUGAGUGGAAGGAAGAGGAGUGCAAGCAAAAGAAAAGAAAUACAAAAUCGGUGCCAAAUGAAGUAGCAACAGUGACGACCGCAGCAGGAGUGUGAAGUGACAGCUCGCACGGCAACAGUAGGCUGUGGUCUCGUGUGUGGGUUUGUGUUUCGUGCGUGAAAAAAGGCGUGAGUCAAGGGCAAAAGUCGUCAGGAUGGCGAUGGCAGCGUGCUACCCGACCUACGACCACAUGACCGGCGGCAGCACCAACGUCGGCUCGGUGCAGCAGCUCCAGCAGCAACAGCAGAGCCCAGUGGCGGCCACUAGUCAGCUGCACCAUCUCUCGUCGAGGCUGUCGGCGGCUGCAGCGGCAGCAGCCGUGGCCGCCGCCGCCUCGUCGAGCCGCUCGGUGCCGAAGGAUUUCAGUAUACCGCUGCACGUGGACUGCAGCGUGGAGUACGAGCUGCCAAACCAGGCCAAACCGCCGGUCGGGGCGCGGGUGGAGCCGCUGCUGAUGAUCCAUCCGUGCUACUUCCGCAAGAUGGAAAGUCAGCGGCGCAGCCCGUUCGUCAACAACAUGCCAAAUUCGUCCCGCAGCUCCGGUUCGUCGAUGGCGGCUAAGAAUGCCGCCGGAGUCAGCAGCAGCGGCAGCAGCAGCAGUGCAGGGAACGGUACCAACAGCUCGGCCAACAGCAGUAGCGCCAGUGGCACCGACUCGUCGCUGGUGAACGGUGGUUGCUCGACGGCUGCGGGCAGCCGGCGGAACUCGUCCGCCCUCAAGUCGUCGUCCUCCACAGCCGCCAGUAGUCAGUUCCUUCAGCUGCACCUGGAUGACUACGUCCAGCGGCAGAUGCAUCGCUCGACAGCGGCCACCAGUCAGCAACAGCAGCAACAGCAGCAGCAACACUAUGCUGCUGUCAGCAACACUGCCGGUGGCCAUAUGCAGCAGCAGCAGCAACAGCAUCUCCAUCAGCAGCAACACCUCAGUCGCCACCAGGGCCAACAACACCACCACCAUCAGUCACAACAACACCUUACCAGUCAGUCGGCGAGUCAGUACAACCUCACCAGCCAGUCCCAGUCACAGCAGCAGCAGCAGCAGCAACAGUCCGCGGCCAACACCGACUGGAACCGGUACCAUAUGGGUUCGUCGGACUGUGCCGGCGCCACCGGGGCGGGUGUUGGUGGUGGUGUGGUUGUCCGCAACGGUGGCACCGGCUACCCCGGCAGCAAGGUGGCCACCGGCUACUCGACGGCCAGCAGCAACGCCGUCAGCAGUAGCAACAAAUCCAAAAGUGUCACUAGCGCGUCGAUGAAGCGCAACGCAAGUAAUACGGGUAUGAGUCAGCAUCAGCUGCAACAGCAGCAGCAGCAGCAACAGCAUCAGCAGCAGCAGCAGCAGCAGCAGCAGCUUCAGCAACAACAGCAGCACCACCUUAUGCCGGCCAGCUGCGCCGUGUACAAUAGCACCGCCAACGGUGUCAGCAGUGGCCUGGUGGAGGGUGGCGGCGCAGGCGGAGGCCCCCGGGGCUGGGGCGACAUCGAGAAGACUUCAAUGGCGGCGGCAGUGCCCCGCGAUUUCCAGGCCGGGCCCGAGUCGCUCCCACUGAAGGCGGGCGUGAUGGCCGCGGCCAACCUGCCGCCCCUGUCCUACCAGCGGGGCAGCGGGGGCAAGCGGGACGCGAUGCUGUCCGGCGCCGGCGGCUGUGCUGUGUACAGUAGUAAUAGUAACCGAGGCACCAACAGCAACACUAGCACUAGUAAUAGUAAUAAUAGCAGUAGCAGCACGAGCGUCGUCAACACGGACCUCAGCCUGUGGGAGGCGGCGGCGACCGGUGCCAGCUCGCAGGACAAGAGCUCGAUGGCCGCCGCCAUCCCCCGGGACUACCACGCGGCCGGUCCGGAGCAUCUGGCGGCCUGCAACAAGCUGGCGGCCGCUCGCCAGCAGCAACAGCAGUACCAACAGCAGCAACACCACCACCAUCAGCAACAUCACUCACAGCAGCAGCAGCAACAACAACAACAUCGCCAGCAGUUGCAACACAAUCAGCAACAGCAGCAGCAGCAGCAACAUCAUCACCAGCAGCAGCAGCAGCAUCUGCACCAUCAGCAGCAGCAGCAGCAACAGCAACAGCAGCAACAUCACCACAACCAUCAGGUUGCGGUGGCGGCUGCAGCGGCAGCGGCAGCGGCGGCGGCGGCGGCCGAAGCCUCCGAGAAGCUGCUGUUCGCGGCCAAAUACCGCCAGCACCAGCGGGCCUCGCACCGGCUGCAUCCGUACAUGAUGAGCUCCAGCUUCACGCCGCUCAUGACGGCGGCCUUCCCGCCCAUGCAGCAGGUGUCCUGCUACAACGUGUGAUUCUAAAGCGGCCAACUCACGGGGCGACCUGCUGCGGACCCGGUGGACGACGGUGGCGGUGGUGGUGAUGGUGUGCCGUCCCGGACGACAAAGGACGAGACGCAGGAGGUAGUGUGCGAAAUGGAUAUAUAAAAUAGACAGCAACUUUUUUGUUGCAAAUUUAAAUGUGAUAGUAGUUUUUACUCCCAAUUAAACUUCAGCUAAAAGAUGGAAAAAAAAGGAUAACCCAAAUCGAAGACUAUGAUGCAAGCGAGCGAGGGAAUCGGUGGGAGGGAGGGAACGUAUGUAGAAGAAGAAAAAACAUGAGGGAAAAGAGAAAACGAAGAAAACAUCCGGACGUUCUUUCGGCAUUAGGCGAAGGUAGUAGGCAAAUAAAACGAAUAAAACAAAAACAAACCAACGGGACUUUUCGUUGCUAGGUGGAAAAUGCAAAAGAAAUUCUGCCGUGUCCGACGUAGUGAGUGUUUGGCUUUAAUGGAACGAUAGUACGGGAUAUAAUAUACAUAUAUCUAUAUACAUAUUACAACAACAACACAACAACAACAACAACAACAUCAACAAAAAAAAACUAUCUAGCCUCAAUAUCUUGAUUUUUCACAUUACCUUCAGAGGAAAGCGCAUAUGCAAUGCAAAAAACCUAGUGAUGAAUGAAAGGAAAGGGGAAGGCGUGGCAUAGCAGGAAAA